AUGACGUCUAGCAAAGCUGGGCUUCUAGAUAGCUUUGGACUGGCUUUUACCACAGUAGCCGUCUGUCAGCUUCUUGGUUAUUCUGACGUCUUUUUGGCACUAUCGGAAGACCAUGCCUGGGUGGAGUUCAGCAGUAACACCGGACCUCGAGAAACGGCCGAUGUUUCAACCAUCGUGCCUUAUCAGGCAGCUGCUGCCUCGCUCACAGCAACGGCCGUCGCGCCUAUGGACAAAUCGACUUCCAUUUCAGGAUCUGCUUCGCCAAGCCCUGCUUACGCACCCAACAGCUAUACUCAGACGGGCAGUGAUUCUGGACCUGAUCAUCGAAAUGUUGGCCACGGUUCCUCCACCGCCGAACUUUCUCAUAGCCUGAUUCCAGGCAAAGACUCAGCAAAUAUUAUUGUCACCGCUGACAAUAGUAAUAUUGUCCCGACCGUUGCUUCGGAAACAUCGGCAUCGAGUUAUUCUUCUGGUACCGAGCCCCAGCUGCUUAUUGGCUCCAUCCCUCGCUCCUCAAAGUCUUGGUUAUACGUCAAUGGUAGACCCAUCAUCUGCUCGCCCCCAAUUAUUGCCUGCGCAGCCGCAGUGGCUGCACUUCAGCCUGGUUCUAGCUGCCCCACAGCCUUAUCACUAGCCCAGGCACAUGCCAUA